AUGGGGAUCAGCGCGAAGUUCAGCCUCAAGGGCAAAUCCUACAUCGUCACGGGAGGUGCGAUGGGUAUCGGAUUUGCAAUCGCCAAGGACAUAGCCGAAUCGGGUGGAAAUGUGGCAGUUCUCGAUUUGAGAAGGGAGCCUCUGGAAGAUGUCCACGGUCUGGCGAAGGAAGGCGUCAAAGUCUCGUACCAUCAAUGCGACGUCUCCAGCGAGGAGAGCUUGAAGGGAGCCUUCGGAAGCGCCGUCCAAGCGCUAGGGAGUAUCGAUGGUAUAGUGACUGCUGCUGGUAUCGCUAUUGACAAGCCGUUCGUCGACCAAAAGUGGGAAGAGGUCAACAAAGUCUUGCAGGUCAACUCCAUGGGGUCUUUCUUUGCAGCACAAUUAGCCGUGGCACAAAUGCAAAAGCAGGGUACACCAGGCAGUGUUGUGUUCAUAGCUUCCAUCACAGCUCAUGUCAACCUGCCUGGCUACAGAAUGGCCGGCUACAACAUGAGCAAGGGUGGAGUCAAGAUGAUAUCAAAAGUGCUCUCGGCCGAGCUCGCAGCGUCUGGUAUUCGAGUCAAUUCCAUCUCUCCGGCCUUCAUCGAGACAAAUCAGACCCGUGGAGCGAGAGAGGGCACUUCCAAAGCUGCUGGCGAUCUCAUGCAAACUGCUCCACCAAUGGGAAGGAUAGGACAGCCAGACGAAGUCUCUCCUGCCGCCAUCUUCUUACUCAGUGACGCUGCGGCCUACGUCACCGGCGCCGACAUAUUGGUUUCGGGAGGCAUUCACACUGGUCGUGGUGGCGACUACGAUAUGUGCUGA